AUGCAGGUGAUAGAACAGAUCAAGAAAGUCAAAGGAAUGGUCAUACUCAAUCACGAGUGCAGUGUCAUAAUCCAAAGGACUGCUGCACCUAAGAAACUGAGCGAUCUGGGGUCGUUCACAUUACCUUGCUCGAUUGGCCCUUUGAAGUUCGGAAGAUGUCUCUGCGAUUUGGGGGCAUCAGUUAGCUUAAUGCCUCUAACUGUAGCCAAACGCCUUGGGUUUGAGAAAUUCAAACCCACUGAUAUACAACUAGUUCUCGUAGACCGAACUACAAGGUUGCCAAGUGGAGUGUUGGAAGACAUGUCGGUCAAGGUAGGAUCGGUAGACGUACCAACCGACUUCGUGGUUUUGGAAAUGGAUGUUGAACCAAGGGAUCCGCUUAUAUUCGGAUGA